AUGGUCAAGUCCAUCAAAAGAUGUCAGUGCAUCAGAAGUCAUCUAAAACCAAUCUCCAAAAAGCUGUCACAAUACUCUAGCAUGGACCUUGGCCAUAGAAAUUACUCUCGCUACAUAAGCAGGAUCCGGAAGGAAGUUGUCCCGAGGAGAGGCAUAUCUUCUCACACCAAAGACAUCAUUAACAUCCUGAUCAACGACAUCUUCGAGCGCAUUGCUAAGGAAGCCUGUGAGCUGAUGUGCCGGGGUGAGCGCUGUACCCUCACCCCCGCAGACAUCCAGAAGGCAGUGUAUCAGCUGCUACCCAAGAGGCUGGCUAAGUUUGCAGUGACUUUUGGAACUGAAGCGGUCCACAGAUUUGUCCAUUCCUAA